AGGUUAUGUUUAUUUACGUGUAGUUUGUAUUUAGGGAUGCCAGAUCUCAUGUUCAAUCUUGGAUAUGUUUUGGAAAUAUAGGUAUUAAAUCUAUCAUACUCCAACGCCGUUCCUCGAUUCAAGAAUAUUAAUAUUUUCCGAAAUGUGUCUGAACUAUUGACGAUCUCCAGAAGUGAACUUUACCGCUUAUAUAUGUAUCUUAGUUUCAAAUAGCGGUAAUUGCUACAACUUCACUGUGUCUACAAAUUUAACAAAUAAAUUAAAUUCUGUAGUCAUGUAUCCCCGAAAAAGUGAUUAUCGCUCUGAUAAAAUUUAGUUUAGAUAGUUUGUGUUAGAGUUUUAGUUAAUUUUAGUAAGGCGCUUAUUGUUCACAUUUUUGUAUAUGUAGGUAGAUAAAUAAAAUAUUAUCUACAUGUAUUUUCUAUUGUCAUUCCCACUCCAGGAGCAUUAUAUAGAAAUUUAACGAUUUAUUAUGUACAUUAUGUAGUUGCCAACCACUGAAAAUGUUUGACAGUGACAAAUCGUAGAAUACAUCUUUUUAAUCAAAAUGUAGAAUCAUCAAAAUUCUCAGUGUACAUUCAAAUACUUAAUAUAAUACGAAAAUAUGCAAUCUCUAAAAUGGUUAGAUCCUUUGUUAUCAUUCAUAAAUAAGAAGCACAAAAUCAGUUUUAAUACUCAAUCGAAUAAUCUACAUGAAGCUCUUGGUCCAAUUUCUUGGCUAGAGGGUACUUGGAGAUCAGUGAAAGGUGUAAUGGAUCAUCCUAAAAUAAAAGUACCUUUUUUAUUUGAUGAAAUCGUAUCCUUCACAUCUAUGGGACAUCAACCGCUUUAUUAUUAUACGUCAGUAGCUACAAAUCCACAAGAUAAAAAUGCCCUGUUACAUCUCGAAGUAGGACAUCUAAUAAUUAAUGAAUGUAAAGCUGUAGGAUUAUUGGCUGUUCAUAGAUUCGGAUGUACUACAAUUGAGCAAGGAUUGUUGAAAAAUGAUACUGUUUUAGAAAUGUCUUCUUGUGAAAUUGGUUCUUCUAAAUUCAUUAAAAAACCACUUUACGGAACAUACAGGAUAUAUUCAUUAAAUAGACAUGGACAGUUAACUUAUAAAUUGGCGUUAGCAAGUUAUCCAGGAAAACUCGUCGAUCAUAUUUGGUGCACAUAUGAAAAACAGGAUAAUUGUACUUGACAUUUACUUUCGUUUACUUUUCUUUCUACAAAUUUAUAUUAUAAAAUCCAAAAUACUUUUUUAAGAAUUAAAUUUGUAAAGAAAAAAACUUCACAAUUACAAAUAUUUGUUUGGAAUAAUCACAUUCUAUUUCAUUUUUAAAUUUGAAGUUAUUAAAUUGAAUUGAACCAAUUCCUUUUUGUUUAAUGACAAAAUAUUACAUCAAACUUCUUCAAAACAAUAAUUUAUAUACUUAUGGCUAUGUUGUAUGGAUUGAUGGAAUUGUAUAAUUUUCUUGUGGUUAAAUUGUUUGAUUGAAAAUCUUUCAAUUAUUUUUUUUCUUGUAUUCACUUUUCGGGGUUGAUAGAUUGAUACGUACACUGUUAAAAAUGUCUAUGGUAAUUUACCAAGAAUGUGUAGGAGGUCUAUACGCAAAACUGUUAAUCAUAAACUUAUACAAUAUUUUCAUAGUAAGUCGAAUUAAAUUUUUUUUAUAAUUUUACAAUAUACAAACAUUAUUAUCGAAAAAUAAUGAACAUUCUGUAUAAUUAGUAUCCAAGCACCCUCAUUAAUGAAUUCCUUCUUACUGAUUAGUAAUUUUAACCAUCAUAUUAUGUUCAGAAAAAAAAAAUGGUUAUUGUAUAAGAAAUUUUUUUAUUGUGAAGGUAGAUUGUUUAGAAUUCAAUAUUUUUAAUGGUUUACUACUAUGUUAGAAAUCUUUCGUUUAUAUUUGUUUGAAGAAUUUUUUAUUUACUUUACAUUUCGAAUUGAUUUUUGAUAUUCAUAGGAAAUAUAACGUUCAAUAGAAUAUUUUUUGAUAUCUUAAAAUCUUAAAAUCUAUUAUCACUAAUUAAUUAAAACUUUCUUUGAAAUAAAAUUAAAAAUAUAUCUUGCUUUAUAUUGCUCUACUAAUUUUAUCUUUGAAAACACUAUUUUAUUCAAUAUGGAAAUUAUAUAACAAAAUAUGUAAUAUUUAAUUACUUAUUAUUUAAUAAAUCAAAACUUUA